AUGGCGUGCCGCCGCGCGUUUGCGACUGUGAAGCUUUGCAGGCCGAUACACUAUCUGCAAAUACGGUCGUUUACACAGUCCCCCUUUCGACUAGACAAGGGGUCCGAAGAGCCUCAACAGCCACAAAAGAAUGUCGGCAUCCAUCCCGACGAGUUAGAACAACUUCUUGCAGAGCCCACCUGGUCGGUCGAGUCCCUCCUCCCACCAAAGACACGCGCUCCCGACGCCCCGCAAGUCACCUCGCAACAGCUCCACCACCUACUGCGAUUAUCGGCCCUUCCACCGCCAGAGACACCAGAACAAGAGAAGAAGAUGCUAGACACACUGGCAGCGCAACUACAUUUUGUGGGCAAGAUACAGGAGGUGGACACCACUGGUGUAAAACCUCUGCGGGCUAUACGUGAUGAGACUGCAGCUGCAGAAGAGGAGCAAAAGAUCACAUUAGAGACGCUCAAGGAUGCAUUGAGCAAAGAGAAGGUUGUAGGACGUCAUCAUAAACGCUUACAGCGAGACACUACGCCUGUCAACGCAAAGGAAGUUGAAGAAUGGGAUGUGCUGGGCUCAGCCGAGCGAAAGGCAGGCAAAUAUUUUGUUGUCGAAAGCGAACGACCUCAAGAAUAA